GGAGAAUCUGUAUUUAUGGAAAAGCAAUCCCAUCCGCCGGCCUCACACUCAAAGUACCAUCAUCCGUACUUUACCGCAGAGGAGAUCGAAUAUCUCUCGGAGAAACAGAGAGGGAAGCUCUCUGCGACCCAAGAAGAGAAGGCAAGACAACAGGCUUGUGCGUUUGCCGAAGCCAUAGGCGCAAGGGUCGGAUUUCCAAGAAAAACGAUAGCGACGGCGCAGACACUGUACCACCGCUUUCACCUUUUCUUUCCUCGGAAAGACUUCCAUUAUCAUGACGUGAUUCUGGCCUCGCUCUACGUCUCGACGAAGAUGCACGAUACCCUGAAGAAGCCGCGAGAGAUCCUUAUGGUCUCAUAUGCUGUUCGAUUCCCCGAGCUCGCAGCCAAAUCACGGUCUAUAGCCGGUGAGCUCGACAUGGAUCCUGCGACAGUAGAGGCGGAUCGGCAACGACUUCUGGCUGUAGAACGGCUCAUCUUGGAGACCAUAUGCUUCAAUUUCACCUCAAGGAUGCCAUUUCCAUACGUCAUCAAGAUUGGCAAGGUUCUCAGAGCGCCCAAGAAACUCACGAAGCUGACAUGGAGACUGGCGGUUGACUGCCAUCGCACGCUCAUGCCACUGCGUUAUCCGCCUCAUGUCAUCGCGUUGGGCUCCUUUUACACGGCAGCUCUGUUGUCAUCGUUCGAACGGGCUCCCUCAGAUUUCGUCGCUGAGGCGACGCGAAUAGUGAACACACUCAAUCGCGCUGGCCCCUGGCAGAAUCAAUUCCGUGCGGAUGUCUACGACAUCGAUGAAAUAGCACAUGCAAUCUUGGACCUGCUGAUACAAUCUGCUCAAUCGCAGGCCCAGAACACAUCACCCAGCACACCCUCCUCCCCCGCUCCCCAUGUCCGCCUUCCCCACAUGUCUGGUCAGGGUCCCGGAGUUCCAGUGCCCUAUAAUGCGGACCAGCUCAUGCGUCUCAAGAUCGUCAUGCGUGAGUCUGAGCACGCGCCACAAAGACCCAAGGAGAGCUCCGUUCCACCCGAAGACGUCUACAAGGACGAGGAUAGGGCGGCUUUUGGGCGGAAUGAUGGGACUGUGCGAUUCCUCUUCGGACCGCCUCGUGUAGUGGGCGAGGGGAUCUAAAAUUCGCUCCUGGUAUUACGUAUCUGUCAUGUUACACGGUUUGCGCGGGUUAUGCGCUCAACCUUCGAGGGCGUGUACUACGACAGCUUCCCAAGAGCUGGGAGGACAAUGCGUCUGGUCGGACUGAACGAAGCCGGGAUGAACGGGCUGGCGGCGAUACCCCGGCGCAGCCAUGCAUCGGCUGCGAUCUGUCCUCCGCCGAGGACGACAACAUACGUCCAGAUCUUGCCAAACGCGCCACCGACUCGUUUCCCUAUCAUCUUCUUCCAGACGCGCUCUAAGAGCACCGCAGUCGCCUGCAGGAGGAAGUACUGCACAAUGCGGAUGUCGAACCCCUUCCCAAGCGUAUAAAUGCUGGCUUCGUGAUAUAAACCAGACGCGAGGAAUACGCCGAUAACCAUACCCGCUUUGCCCGCAAGCACGCGGCCUGGGAUGCCACCGAAGAUGAGGAACGUUCGAAGAAGUAACUGGUGCCACUCCCUGCCCCACAGGGCGCUCACGGAAUCGGCCUUCCACGGAUCACCCAUGACCGGCGGCCAGGCCAACGGGCUCUGCCCGAGCAACCCCACCGCGACGAGAGUGCAGAAGUCGUACCCGGCUUGUAUGCACGCGAGCACGGCGCUCCCCGUGCAGACCGUCAGCAACGACGAAACUACGUAUCGCUGUGCCGGCGGCAAGUAGGACAGGAAUAUGGACCCGCCGCGAGGGCUGCCGACGCCUGGCACGAGCUUCAGUAGUGACUCCUGCAGAUCGAUGAGCAGCACGUUCUUGAGCAGCGAGAGGGCAGUCGCGCGGAGAAAUGGUUUGCGGUGCAGGGGCUUGUCAUGCGCGGGAAUGCGGGUUGCUUGGCCGAACUGGAAUCCUAUGCCACGCAUCGAACACAAGACCUCUAGCGCGUCGCCGAGAGAUGCGGGUAGUACGUCACCCAAUGUACGUUUCUCCAGAGGCGCAGCUGCUUGGGCCUUGCUGGUUCCAGGGACGGUUUCGUUCACCUUCAGUAUUCCGUCCUUAAUGAAGGCGUAGUCCAGUGCCAACGCAACCAUGUGCAUUCCUGUCAGGCUAUAUGGUGCAAGCAAUAUCAGGGUUCGCUCCGGGCUACCGCGGAGAACGCCCGACGCACCCGAUCAUCCAGUUAUGCAUCGCGUAAUCCGUAGGGAAUUUAAAGGAGUAUGUUGCGCG